UCCUUCAGAAAGAGGAUCCUAGAUGACAAAGGACAGAAGAAAGGGAAGUGUUCUUCACUUGCAUUCUGUCCCAGGAGUGUGGGAUCUCUCACAAAGCACAGGGAAAGGUUGACAGACCUGUGGUUCUGGGAGAAUGGGAGAACCUGUGCAAAUAGUGGUGUUUGUGAUGGCUUUCGUCACCUGCAACGCCCUCCUGGAUCUGACUGGUGUUCACCAGGUCCAGGGCACAUGGAUGGGAUCUGUCACUUUACCAUGUACCUACAUGCCCUCAGAUGGUUUCACACAGCAAACGCUCAUCUGGAGCAUGGAGAGAGACCACAGCACCUCCACCAUCUUUCGGAGGGACUAUUCCGGUGACCACAUCCUGCUGUCUCAGUUCCGAAACCGGGUCAGUGUCCCAAAGCACAGCCCAGGGAAUGCCUCACUCUUAAUUGAGAACCUUGAAAUCCCUGAUAGUGGACACUACACCUGUCAAGUCACCUGGAGGAGCAAAAAUAACAGUGUGAUCACAAGGGAGGUGACCACUGCGGUUAAAGUUGUCAAAGUGGCAGCAACCAAGCCCAUCAUCAGGGCUGGCGAACUGGGGCUCACAGUACCCGCAGGAGCCAGGACCAGCCUGACCUGUGUGGCCAGCGGGUCCCCCCCCAUCCGCUACCGCUGGUUCAGGGGCACCCCGGGAAGGAAAGCCCUGUUGCUGAGCGGGCAGGCUGAGCUGGUGUGGGACAGCCUGCAGCCCUCCGACACUGGGAAGUACUACUGUGAGGUGGAAAACAGGGCUGGGGCCGGGGCUGUGCAGCAGAGCGAUGCUGUUGAGCUCACAGUGACAGGUCUGACCGCAACGAAGCCGCGCUCCGAGGGGGGUUCGGAGGAGCCUCCCGUUGCCACGGGUCUCCCCGCGGCCCGGUACGCGCUGCCGGCCGCGCUGGCCGUGACGCUGGGCGUAGCCGCGCUUGGAGCGCUCCUGACCGCACCUCGGUGCCGGCGGCGGAAUGCGGAGGAACUUCUCUAUGAAGUUGCUUUCCACAGCACUGCAGAUGUCACCAGACUGGAGACUGAUGGGGAAGUCCCUGUUAAGUGCCCACACAAAGAUACAAAUUCUAAGACUGAAACAUCCAAUGACAUUUUCACUGUGAAAGACAGCAGCCUUGACAGCAUCCACGUGAGGAAAAAUCCUGAGUAUGAGAACCUUAUGAAUGCAAUGGAAUUGGAAUAUGAAACAGAAAGAAUUUAGCAGAGUACCAUCUUUUGCAUAUGAGUAGUUGUGCAGGCUGCAGAUAUUGAAUGGUAAACUUCACCAAAGGAAACUCAUCUUUCUGUCUACCUCCUGCUCUGACAAAUAUACCAGCCUCACUUUAACCUAGCUCACUAACUUCCUUUAACUCAGGGGAACCUUCUUGGGCUUUGGCAAAUGAGGCCUGCCCAUUGGUGCAGAAACCCUCCACCAAGUGGUUAUCUACCUAGUUCUGUAGAGCAAAUAAUUUCUCAGCAGCCUGAAGGUCCAAGGUGAGGAAGACUGGAUCUGAAGGAGUGGAAACACAAAUGUCUUUAAUCUGGUGUAGCUGAGUGCGACACUGCCAAUAACACUGGCAAGGUGUACUCUCAAGGGCAUAUUCCUUUGUUUGUACAUCCCGGAAUGUGAGGAGCCAUGGACUGUGCUGGAAAUUGUUGUCCUCUAGCUUUUACAGCUCAACAAAUAUUGGUUGUACAUCCUCUUUGUCCUUAUGUCUUUUUUGUUAGAGCAUGGCAAACAGACCUCAUAGCGUGGGCUGAUGUUCUAGGAAUGUAAUUUUCCCUAUCAAAACAGAGCUCAUUGCUUAGACGAAGAGGGAAUGGCCCUGUAAGCGAUGAGCUGCCUACCUGCCACCCUCUUUCUUUUUUUCCUGGAAAAGCAGAAUUUUUCUUGAAGGAAAUGCUAGCAUUUUAUUUUUACAAUGUGGGGCCAGAGGCAUAAUAAAAUAGAGAGAAAUUUGAGGCAUUUUGAACGAUGAUUGAGCAAGGGACCUCCCUGGACACAACAGAGUGACAGUGAUUCACCCUGUGGGACACGAGUCAGUGUGAUUACAACAGAGAUAGUCAUACUGGCCUAUGUUAUGGGGAUGCUGUAAGUGCUCGUGUUUCUAAAAUGCCUUGAAAAGUGCUUUAUUAGCAUAAUGUAUUUUCUUUCCAAGGACAAAUACAAAAGGCUUCAAAAGA